UGGAGAAGAGGGAAAAGUCGCUGCACCGAGCUUUGACCGGUGAGACCCCCAUCUCUUUCUCUAAUGGCGGAGCAUUUUCCCAACAACCCUCUUUCAGUUUCUUCAGUCAAUUGGUCCAGGUUCCUAAACCCAUCUUCACGCAAGUGCAGCAAGAACUCUCUGGCGGGUCGUCGUUUAUUGGCAUGCACAAGUUGGCUUUGAUAGGUUUUGGGUUUUCUUUAUCAUCGCAGCAAAUAUAGGAAAAAUUUAUUCAAUUGUUUGAUCCAUGGGAAAUUGCUGUGUCACCGCGUCUGAUUCUUUGUCUGAUAAGAAAAAGGUAAAGAAGAAGAACAAGCCGAACCCGUUUGCAAUUAAUUUUGGUACAACCAAUGCAUCUGAAAUUGUAAACAAGCUCUCUGUAUUGAGGGAUCCGACAGGUCAUGACAUUUCACAGCGAUACAGCCUGGGUCGCGAGCUCGGGAGAGGUGUGUUUGGGAUCACAUACUUGGCCACCGAUUUAGAAACAGGCGAAAGAUUUGCUUGCAAAUCCAUAUCCAAGGAGAAGCUGAGGACUGCAGUAGAUAUCGAGGACGUGAGAAGGGAGGUUCAGAUCAUGAAGCAUUUGCCAGAGCAUCCCAACAUUGUGAGCUUGAAGGAUACUUUUGAGGAUAACAAUGCAGUUCACAUAGUGAUGGAAUUGUGCGAAGGUGGAGAGUUGUUGGACCAGAUUGUGGCUAGGGCGCAUUACACAGAGAGGGCGUCUGCUUUGAUUAUGCAAACAAUUGUGGAGGUUGUGCAGACUUGUCAUAGGCACAGCGUGAUGCAUCGCGAUCUGAAACCCGAGAAUUUUCUUUUCGCAAACAAGAAGGAAAUGGCACCCCUGAAGGCAAUUGACUUUGGGCUGUCAAUUUUUUUCAAACCCGGUGAUCACUUUACUGAGAUAGUGGGAAGUCCAUAUUACAUGGCUCCUGAGGUUCUAAAACGCGAUUAUGGGCCACAAAUUGAUGUCUGGAGUGCUGGAGUUAUCCUUUACAUUCUACUUUGUGGUUCUCCGCCUUUCUGGGCAGACACCGAACAAGGACUGGCACAAGCAAUUAUUUGCUCUGUAAUUGAUUUUCAGAGAGACCCUUGGCCUAAAGUUUCUGAUAAUGCAAAGGAUCUGGUAAAGAGAAUGCUCGAUCCAGACCCAAAGACAAGGCUUACAGCUCAGGAGGUGCUCGAACAUCCUUGGUUACAAAAUGCGAAGAAGGCUCCAAAUGUGCCACUUGGUGAGACUGUGGAAGCAAGGCUUAAACAGUUCUCUGUAAUGAACAAGCUGAAGAAAAGAGCACUUGGGGUGAUUGCAGAGCAUUUGUCGACGGAGGAAGUGGCUGGUAUAAAGGAAGCGUUUGAUAUGAUGGACACUACCAAGAGAGGCAAGAUAAACCUCGAGGAGCUUAGGAUGGGGCUGCAAAAGCGCGGUCACCAGAUCCCUCACUCGGAUCUUCAAAUCCUAAUGGAAGUAGCUGAUGUCGAUGGAGACGGAUGGCUGAGCUAUGGAGAGUUUGUCGCCAUGUCCAUUCAUCUAAGGAAAAUGGCCAACGACGAGCACUUGCAUAAAGCCUUCUCAUUCUUCGAUCAAAACCAGAGCAGUUACAUAGAGAUUGAUGAGCUUCGGGACGCCUUGAGCGAUGAAGAUCAUGCUGGCAGUGAGCAAGUCAUCAAAGCCAUUAUGAACGAUGUCGAUACCAAUAAGGAUGGGCGCAUAAGCUAUGCGGAAUUUGCUGCAAUGAUGAAGGCUGGAACAGAUUGGAGGAAAGCAUCCAGGCAAUAUUCGCGGGAAAGAUUCAAAAGCCUCAGCUUGAAGCUGAUGUGGGAUGGUUCAUUACACUUGAAUAGCAAAAAGGUUGGGUUAGUUGAACCAGGGGGCCAAAACUAGCCCUUCUCGUGAUAGGUUUUUCCAUAGUUAUUAGUAAUAAAAUUUAAUCCCUCAUCGAACCCACCGAGUAUCGGUUUAACCAAUCAUCAUUAGUCAAAUCAUAGUAAUGUCAUUGUUCUGAUUAUAUGUGUAUAUUAUUAACAUAAUAUACGAUAAUCUUGUGAAACAUAUGAUGAUAAAGAAAAAUAAGAGAUGGGAUAUAUUUAUGGAUCAUGUUAUUUGUACUUAAGCUCAUUUAUAGGUGGGUUUACAUGUAAGUUGAAAAGACUAUUUUGUCCCCCUCUCUUAUGUCAAUGACCAUUUUACCCAUU